AUGGGAUCUUCCGAUGACUCCACUGCGAUUCCCGAUCUUCGUCCGCCAUUGAUUGACCAAUACGAGAAUCCUUACUUCCUGCAUUCUUCUGAUCACGCCGGUCUCAUCCUCGUCUCCGAUCGUCUUGCUUCUGGAUCGGAUUUCCACUCUUGGCGCCGUUCGGUUCGUAUGGCCCUCAACGUCCGCAACAAGCUGGGCUUCAUUGAUGGUACGAUUCCUAAACCGCCUAAUGGACAUAGGGAUGCUGGUAGUUGGUCUAGAUGCAAUGAUAUGGUAGCGACUUGGCUUAUGAACUCGGUAUCGAAGAAGAUAGGCCAGAGCUUGUUAUUCAUGUCGACUGCUGAACAGAUUUGGAAGAAUUUGAUGUCUCGUUUUAGGCAGGACGAUGCUCCUCGCGUUUAUGAAAUAGAACAACGUUUGAGCAAUUUGCAGCAAGGUUCCAUGGAUGUUAGUACUUACUACACCGAAUUGGUUACCUUGUGGGAAGAGUAUCACAACUACAUUGAGCUUCCUCUUUGCACUUGUGGAAAAUGUGAGUGUAAUGCAGCUGCUUGUUGGGAGAAAUUGCAGCAGCGUAGCCGCGUCACGAAGUUCUUGAUGGGUUUGAAUGAAGUGUAUGAACCUACUCGGCGUCACAUUUUGGUUCUGAAGCCAAUACCAUCCAUUGAAGAUGUGUUCAAUAUGGUUUCUCAGGAUGAACGUCAGAAGAGUAUCAAACCUUCUUCGAAACCCAAUGUAGCCUUUCAGAAUACUGGACCAGUUGCUACGUAUGGUGAUGCCUCUGAUCAGGGUUCCUACAAUGGCCCGAUGGAUAAUGCUGCCUAUGCUGCCUCGUAUUCUCGCCAACAGAAACCUGUAUGUACUCACUGUGGACGGACUGGUCACACUGUGCAGAAAUGUUAUAAGCUUCAUGGUUAUCCUCCGGGACAUAAAUUCUACCAGAAGCCUAACUCUGCUCCACCACAGUUUCCGUCUUCUCAGCAGGGAUCUCGUUCGUCGUAUCCUCCUCAGACCUCCCAGAAAGCCAAUGUUGCUAAUGCUGUGGCUGGUCCUUUGGGAAGCUCUGCUCCUCUUGAUCUCACUCACUUUACAGCUGAUCAGGUGCAAUCCUUGAUCAAUCAACUCAGUGCACAUGUCCGAGUCUCAGAGCAAUCGUCUCCUUCCCUAUCUGCAUCUAUUACAGCGAAUGGUUAUAUGGAUCCUCAAUCUACUUCUGGUGUAACAGUCUCCUUCCCCGAUGGCACUAGUGUUCCCAUUAGUCACAUUGGCACUGUGCAUAUUUCCGAGCAUCUCAUUUUGCAUGAUGUCUUGCAUGUGUCUGCAUUCAAGUUUAACCUGCUUAGUGACCAUAUUCAGGACUUGACGAUUGGUAAAGGAGUUCUCAUUCAUAACCUCUACAUAUUAGAGUCAGCUAAUCUUCUUUCUUCUCGACAUCUCUGUGGCUCUUUGGUGGAUAGUCAUCUAUGGCAUCAACGUCUGGGCCAUCCUUCUUCUGCCAAGCUACAACAUAUUCCUGAUAUUUUUCCUGCGUUUAUUGAACAUAUUUCUACUCAGUAUAAUGCCAAAAUUAAAGCUAUUCGCAGUGAUAAUGCUCCUGAACUUGCUUUUCAUCAAUUGGUGCGUAACCAUGGUAUGGUCCAUCAAUUCUCUUGCGCUUAUACGCCUCAGCAGAAUUCAGUGGUUGAGAGGAAACACCAGCAUCUUUUGAAUGUUGCUCGUGCCUUGAUGUUUCAAUCCAACAUGCCUUUGGUGUAUUGGAGUGACUGUGUAUUAACAGCUGUUUUCCUUAUCAACCGGACUCCUUCUUUACUCUUGGAUAAACGAUCCCCAUAUGAGGUAUUGUUUCACAAAUCUCCUGACUAUUCCUUCUUACGAUCAUUUGGCUGCUUAUGCUAUGUCUCUACACAUCAUAAAGAUCGUAACAAGUUUAGCCCUCGUGUUGUCCCUUGUGUUUUUCUUGGCUACUCGUUUGGUUACAAGGGAUAUAAGGUUCUCAACUUGGAUACUAACGUUGUUUCUGUUUCUCGGAAUGUUAUAUUUCACGAGAAUGUGUUUCCCUUUAAACAGCGAGCCCCCAUUACACCUAUCAAUGACUUGUUUGGUACUUUCGUGUUACCGAUUUCACCUCCUCCUGAUAUUGGACUGGAGCCUCAAAUUUCCCCUGUACCGGUAACGUCUGUUCCUUCCCCUCUUACUCCGUCGAGUGAGCCUCAUUUGGUAUCUUCUGACCCUUCUCCUGCAUCUGCAUCUGGCAUUUCAUCUCCUGUUGUGCAUUUGGAACCUUCUGAGACAUGCAUUCAUAAUGAACCUUCUGUUAUUGCAUCUCAUGAUCGUACUAGUCCUGUUUCUGAGUCUAGUCAUGUUCCUGGUCAUUCAUCUGCAUCAUUACAUCCUGUGCCACUUUCUCGGGACUCUAGUGUUCCAUCUUCUCGGGUGGAAGCUGUUGCACCGGCUGCAGAAGAGGUCUCACGUCCCACUGUCAGACCCAAGCGACAAGGUAAAGCCCCUAGCUAUCUUUCUGAUUAUUAUUGUUCUCUUUUUGCUCACUAUCAUAACCCACAAGUCACUCCUUCUAUUGCUCCUCAUAUUCCUUUUCCCCUAUCCUCUGUUCUAGCUUACCAUAAACUUCGUCCCCCAUACCAAUCUUUCAUGUUGCUAGUGAGAAUCAGCAUGCUGACAUUCUCACCAAACCUCUACAACCGGGUCCUUUCUACAACCUCCUUCAUCGUAUGUUUAUUUCAAGCCUGUUUCAUCUUCACACGACUCCGAUCAUACAUAAUCUUGAUCCUGAUCAUGCUGCAAUCUACGUUCCGCUUUUACAGGCUUGAGGGGGGUGUAUUAGAUUAUAGACUUGGUUCAAUUGUAGAUAUUAAACCGGUGGUUUAG